GUACAGAUCUUGAUCAAAUCAUAAACUUAAUAAUGGGUGGUUGUCGAUGCAGUUAUGGAAAAUGUACAAAUUCAUCUUAUAAUUCUCCCAAUACUCAUUUUUUUCAUUACCCUGUAAAAGAUAGAAAACGUUGUGCAGAAUGGGUUAGACGUGCAAAUGAUCAUAAUCUUUGCAAGUUGCCUGAAGCUAAACUGAAAAAUAAAGUUAUAUGUGAUAAACAUUUUAACAUUAAAUCUUUUAUGAAUUAUCGACGGGAUAAAUUAUUAUUCAAUGCUGUUCCUGAAAGCGAAAACAAUGUAAUUGAUACAAAUAUCAAUUUAUUGCCAAGUCCAGUAAAAAACAGCAGCUCUGAUUUUACGCUUCCAGAAGAUACCAGAAUAGAUGAUACAACAAAAUUUAUUGUUACCGAUAGGGGAAGUUCUGGACUUGUUUUUACUGAAAGCGAAAAUAAAACGGAAUCUCCAAAUAAAGAAUUGAUUUCCCCAAUACCAGAUGUAGUAACAACUAUAGGCGAAUCAACUAAUAAAAUAAUACAAAAAUCAUCCCUAAAUUCAAUUAGCAAUAGAAAUGAAUUAUGUAAAAGUUUUAAUAAAUCUGCAGAGACAGUAAUAAACACAUUAACCAUAAAUAAGCAAUAUACAGCAUCAAAAAUUUUGGAUGAUAAAUAUAUUGAUAAAGCAGUAGAUGGAACAAAAGAUGUAAAUAGUUCAAGGAAUAAAAUUUUAAUCCUGGAACAAGAUGUUAUUUCAAACCAUGAAUCAUCGGAUAUCAUUCAGAUAGUGGAUUUAUCAAAUGAUGAACUAGAAUCUGUAGAUAGUAAAUGCCUCAAACAAAGUUCAAGAAAGCUCCCUUCUCAAAACAUUUUUUCUUUUAUCACCAGAGAUCUGGAAACUUCACAAAAUGAUUGUCAAGCACCUAAAAUUAUUGAAAAUCAUUUAAAAGUAGAAUUCAAUUGUUCAGAUGAUAAUGUCAGGAGUUAUGCUAAUGAUCUAAAUGAUGAACAAAAAGCACCAAGUUUUUCAAAUACUGUUAGUCUUAAGUCAGAAAAAUCCAACAAAUUGGAUUUGUUAAAGAUAAAGAAUAAUUCAAUGAAACCAAGUACACCAAUUGGACACAUAUCAAAUAUGAAAAAGAAAUUAGGUUUAUCAAAUCAUAUGACAAAAGAACAAUUGUUAAUAGGUAUCAAAAAAUAUGUAAGUCCGAGUAUGGCUGUAUUAUUGCAAAUGGAAUUAUUUGGUACAUUGGACAGAGACUGGAAACAAGAUGAAAAACAGCUUAGUAUUGAAUUGCAUAAUUUUGGCGAGGAUGUUUAUGCUUACAUGACCGAUGAAUUAAGAUGGAGAUUACCCUCACCCUCUUUAGUUAAUAAAUGGAAAAUGGAAGAAAGUGGUAAUGACAUGGAAUUAGCAUUAAAUUAAUAGUGUAAACUUGUGAUAAUUUUAUAAUGUUUAAUGCUUGUUCAAUGAAGAUUUGG